AUGGAUGUGGGCGCAAGCUUGACAUGGACCUCACCUGCAUUGCCCUAUUUAACAAGUGAAAAUUCAACAAUUCCAUUGUCAAAUGCUCAAGGUGCUCUUCUAGCGGCAAGCUCAAGUAUUUCUGGAAUAAUUGCAUUACUAAUGUGUCCACUAAUAAUGGAUCAAAUCGGAAGAAAAUACACGAUCCUAGUAUUGGGAUUUAUACAAUUAUUAUCAAAAAUUUGUAUCUACGUAGCUCAUAACUACACCUUUUUAUUUAUAUUGAGACUCUUGGUUGGUGUAGGUACAACGGGAAUGAUCGCUUUUCUUGCUCUUUACAUAGGCGAAAUUGCUGCAGAAAAUAUUAGAGGAAGAUUUCUUAUUUUGAACAAAAUCUGCGUAAACUUAGGAUCCUUUCUAAUGGCAAUCGCCGGAGCUUUUCUACCUUAUAACCCUAUGAACAUAGUUGCGAUUACCAUACCGCUGAUUGCAAUGCUACUUUUUCCAAUUAUGGAAGAAACUCCAUACUAUUAUUUGAUGAAAGGUCAAGAAAAAGAAGCUACUGAAACUCUUACGAAAUUGUCGGGAGAGAAGAGUGUUGAAAUUGUAACCGCAAAUAUUGAAAGAAUGAAAAGUGCUAUUCUCGAAGGACAGAAUUCAAAGAAAAGUAGCUUUAGAGAAUUAUUUAGUGACAGGAGUAGUCGAAGGGCUUUGAUAAUCAAAAUGAUCAAGAAAUUUUUAGCAACAGUGGUUCAUCCUUAG